UAAAAGAUCCGAGCCGAAUUUGCCCGUAACCUUUUUCUGCAAUUGCUUCUCUGUAUAGACGACGAAGAGGGCCUCCGCAGCACAAAGAAGAAACUUCUAGAAACUGAAAAGAAACAAAUUCAAUGGCGUCAAUUGAUGCCUCUGAAAAUCAUCUUCCUCAACAGUAUAUCACGGGUGAAGGCAACAGUAGUUGGUAUACAACUUCUGGAAUGAGCACUGGAUUGGGCUGGUAUGUGCUUGCACAAGACCAACAGCAGCUAGGCCCAUAUACGAUACCUGAGUUGCGUGAGCACUACUCUGCUGGAUACCUACUGGAGAAUACACUUGUAUGGUCAGAAGGAAGGAGUGAUUGGCAACCACUUUGCUCGAUUCCUGGAUUGCUAACUGAUGUACCUGAGCAGAGCACUGAUGGUACAAAUUCAGUUCCUUUGACUUCUAAUGAUCAAUUGGAUGAGUAUGAAAUGUUUCAAAAGGAAGUGAAAGAAGCGGAGGAUGAGCAAGCAGUUGAUGAGGAACAAAGGCCUUCAACUCCUCCAGAUGGUGAAGAGGAGUUCACUGAUGAUGAUGGAACUAGGUACAAGUGGGAUAAAGCUCUUAAAGUUUGGGUACCUCAGGAAGAUCCAGCCGAGAAAAAUGAGUAUGGUCUAGAAGAUAUGACUUACGCUGAAGAAGAGGAACUUUUCCCAACUUUGCCUGCUGACGAUUCUUCUGGAAAUGAGAACAAGAACAUGGAUAACAUUGAAGCUGAUACGACUGCUGGAGAUUCAACUGAAACCACUGCGGUGACACAUAAUGGCAAGAGAAAACUGCCUGAAACAGAUGAUUCUGAAAAGAAGGAAGCGAAUAAACCUCCAGAUAGCUGGUUCGAAUUAAAAGUCAAUACUCAUGUCUAUAUUACAGGAUUGCCAGAAGAUGUCACUCUUGACGAGGUGGUUGAAGUCUUUUCAAAGUGCGGGAUCAUAAAGGAGGAUCCAGAAACACAAAAGCCUCGAGUGAAGAUUUAUUUUGACAAAGAAACUGGAAGGAAGAAGGGCGAUGCACUUGUUACAUACCUUAAGGAACCUUCAGUUGAUCUAGCCAUUAAAAUUUUGGAUGGCGCACCUUUACGCCCAGGUGACAAAAUCCCUAUGACAGUUACACAAGCAAAGUUUGAGCAAAAAGGGGAAAGGUUCAUACCCAAGAACGUGGACAAGAAGAAGAAGAAGAAACUCCAAAAAGUUGAGCAUAAGAUGCUUGGCUGGGGUGGUCGGGAUGACGCAAAGAUAUUGGUUCCAGCUACUGUUUUGCUUCGCUACAUGUUCACACCAGCUGAAUUGCGGGAGGAUGAGAAUUUAUGCUCCGAGCUACAGCAGGACGUCCAAGAAGAGUGUUCAAAGUUUGGCCCAGUGGACUUAGUAAAGGUGUGCGAAAAUCAUCCACAAGGGGUUGUUUUGGUCAAAUUUAAGGAUAGAAGGGAUGCACAUAGGUGCAUUGAGGCGAUGAAUGGACGCUGGUUUGCUGGUCGGCAAAUCCAUGCUAGUGAGGAUGAUGGAUCUGUUAACCAUGCUUUAGUCCGAGAUAUAGAUGAAGAAACUGAUAGAUUAGAGAAGUUUGGAGCUGAACUCGAAGCUGAUUCAUAGAUGUGCUUCUCCAUGUGGAAAUAGUAGCAACAUUUAUUUUUGCUUGCUGUACAAUCCAUGUCUCUAUGCACUCUUUGAAUAGGAAUUCGUUCUGAAGGAUCCUGGCUUUUGUAUUUUAGCGGGUCUCCGAGAUCUUGUAAAAAGAUUUUCAUAGAUGUGAUAGGAGCUGAGCUCGCGGCAUGCCAACUAUAUUUGUAAUUGCAAGUAAUGGGUUAUCUCCUAGUUUUCUCUGGAGUACAUGUGACAUGAUCAAUUGAAAUGAGAGUAGAAAUUUCUCUAGUGCUUGACUUUUGUUUUCAGAAUAUGACUUGCUCUGUAAUUAUUGUAGCUGCAAAAAUUUGUUUGCCGAUC